AUGGUUAAAUAUGAACUCAUCAACAAGAUUGACAAGGGCUGCUUGGCCUCCUGCCCGCACGUGUUCUCAGCCCACCGUGACCCCGACCCUCGGCGCCCAGCAUGUUCCCGGCCGCAACGGUCGGUGCUCCAGUGUAAAAUCAGACCUCUCUGGAGACAUUCAAGCAAAGGUUGGACAACUGCUUUUCCAGAACAGAGAAGAAACUCAUGCAUUGAAAAAUGUGACCGAUACACAUACGUAAAGAGUAGGGCUGGACAAAUACCAGAAUCUGAUCAAAUAAAGCAGUUUAAGGAAUUUCUUGGAACCUACAGUAAACUUACAGAAACGUGUUUUAUAGACUGCAUUAAAGAUUUCACAACUAGAGACGUAAAGCCUGAAGCGACUACCUGUUCAGAACAUUGUUUACAGAAAUAUUUAAAAAUGGCACAAACAAUAUCCAUGAGAUUUCAGGAAUAUCACAUUCAGCAGAAUGAAGCACUGGCGGCCAAGGCAGGCCUGCUUGGCCAGCCCCGAUAGGCGAGUCCCGAC